CGGCGGCGCGGAGCGACGGGGGACCCGGCGCGGGCACUGGCACUGGUGGCACCAUGCAGCAGGAGGUGGAGGGCAGCCGGGCACGCCGCAGGAAGCCCGACAUGGCGCUCUACGUGCCCAAAGCGCGGCGGGAGAGAGAGGCACAGGCGGCAGGAGACACACGGGCUGGGCACCGCCGGGAGCCUGAGAACCACCUCCGGGAGCCUGAGAACCACCGCCGGGAGCCUGAGAACCACCGCCGGGACCCCGAGAACCACCGCCGGGAGCCUGAGAACCACCGCCUGGGGCAGGACUCUGGCUGGGCCAGUGGCGAGGGGCAGAGGAGAAGCCCCCGUGUCAGAACACAGGCAGGCAGAGUGGCAAGGAGGGAGAACAAGGUGGAUGCCGGCCCAAAGGUGCUGCGGACAGCCUCUGCCAGGCAGAGCCAUAGGACGAGAGGCAGCUGCCCUAAGGCACUGGAAAGCCUGGAGGCAUCACCCAACAUGUGUGAGCCGUGCCCAGAUCUAGCUGUUGCUCAGCCCUGGGACAGGCAGGACAAAGCAUCUCAUGAAGAACCUGGAGAGCUCAGCCAUGACCACAGGAUAAGGACUGAGCCUGACCCUCCAUCCCCACAGAAUGCCCAGGCUGGAGAUGUGAAGGCUACCCCCGAGCCUGAGGGUGACCCCACUAGCCCAACACCCGCUGCUAGCCCAACAAUGGUUUGUCAGACAGGCCUGAGUGGCAUAUUGGAGCAUUUGGAAGACAGCACUCUAGAUCCAGCUGGGUGCCUCUCCCAAAGCCUGGGAGAGGCUGUCCUGCAGUCUGCAGGGGUGGGCAACCAUGGAAGGGUGCCCCAGUUGGAGGGGGAGACAAUGGGUACGAAAGCCUGGGAGGAGGAGAGAGAGGAGGAGAGGUCUCUCCUGGCAGAACAGAGCAAGGCUUGUGCCACUGGGGUGCCAGAGGAAGAGGAGACGUGUGAAGGCAGAGCUGAGCUUCCUGGGGAGAGCACCUUGUGUGCAACAGGAGCCAGCUGUGAACCUGUGUUCCUGAGGGGCAGCACAGGCGAUGUUCCAGUGCUCCCAGGGGAGAGCACUCCACAGCAGGGCAUGGGCAACCCGUCCCAGCUCCCGCCUGUCAUGGAGGAGAGCGCUGCUGGUGCUGGGGAUCCCAGUGGGGAGGGUGACCUGGUGCCUGCUGUAGUGGAAGCAGGCAGCACUUCUGCCUGCACAGAUAGCAGUGCUGGAGCUGAGAGCAGCCCGUGGGAGGGAGCACCUCUGGAAAGCUGUGAGCCCCUGGUGCCCCUAGAGCAGCUGUGCCACGGCAUGGAGGGGAUCUCACCUGCGUCCUGGGCCAAGGAGCUGGCAAGGCCAGAUGAGGAUGUGGGCUCACUGCAGAGGCAGCUGGAGGCUGAGAAAGAAGAGGGAGGUCUCCACAGCAGCUCCCCUAAGGAAGGACAGACCAGUGCCGGUGCUGAAACCCUGAGCCAGACCAGCCCAGGUGCUGAGGAGAGCUGGGAUGUGCUGUUCAAUGAUGAUGGGGACUGCCUGGACCCACGCCUGCUGGAGGAGCUCUCAGGGGGUGAGAAGCACCAGGAGAUCCAGCAGUCACCCCGCUUCAACUACUAUGGGGCUGAACCUGCUGCUCCAGACAUCAGCGAUGAUGAGCUGCCCCACGUCAUCGAGAUCUACGACUUCCCCUCGGAUUUCCGCACCGAGGAUCUGAUGCGUGUCUUCUGCAGCUAUCAGAAAAAAGGCUUUGAUAUUAAAUGGGUGGAUGAUACGCACGCCCUGGGCAUCUUCUCCAGCCCCAUAACAGCACGCGAUGCCCUCAGCACCAAGCACCUGAUGGUGAAGACACGCCCUCUGUCCCAGGGCACCCGCGCCUCUAAAGCCAAAGCCAGGGCAUAUGCUGAGUACCUGCAGCCAGCCAAGGAGCGCCCUGAAACGUCAGCUGUCCUGGCCAGGCGGCUGGUGAUCGGUGCCCUGGGGGUGCGGAGCAGGCAGACACCAGCCCAGCGAGAUGCCGAGCGGAGGAAGCUGCAAGAAGCUCAAGAGAGGAAGCGCCUGGAGAACAAGCAGCGGGAGGAUGCCUGGGAGGGCCGGGACUGAGCCAGGAGGCUGCACUUUCAGCCAAUGUCCCUCUCUGCAGGCAGGCAGAGCACUCUGUGUCUCAGAACUGGGACAGAUUCUGCACUGCAUCCGGAAGCACUGGGCUGCUUCACCGAAAGGGCUGAGCAGCACGUGGGCUGGUUGGUGCUGUGAGGAUGCUGUUGCUGUCAGGCAGCACUGCCCACCCUGCCCAGGGCAGAACCCCCAGGGCUGCCAGUCACAGCAGGAGCAACAGCAGGAUGCAGGGAGCUCAGCAGAGAGCAUGGGGGGCUGUGUGGGGUGGCCCUGGCCACCUGGAAGGGCCUUGUGAGUGAGAGUUUCUGUCCUUUAUUUUGCUAAUAAAUGCCAUUUAUUUUGUUUGCCUGGG